CAUGAUGAGGUCCCGCCUGAGCCGCAUGCCCAAGCUGCUGGUCCUUGUGACGUGUCUGGGGCUGUGGGUGCUCCUGUCGCUGGUCGCUUUUGGGGGUCUGCUGGGUCGUCACCUCAGCUUUUGGCAACAGUCUGAUCAGUUGGAGGACAAGAAAAGGCUUCUUGGAGUCCCCGGAUCUCCCUACAGUUAUGCGAAAGCCGAAAUAUUUAUGGAUUUUCCGUCUGUGGGGAAAAAAGCUGGAGAAGAGAAACUGCCCAACUUGGGUCCACUUCGAGAGAUUCUGGAUGAUGAGGAGGAUAUCUCUCAGAGCAGAAAUAGCAAAGAAGAGGAAAUGGAGUCUCAAGAUAGUGUGAGGGUUCGUGCUGCUAGGCGCAACUCCGUCCCUAAAAUGAUCGACUUCAAUCCACGGUUUGGUGCAGAGAAAAGGUUCACCUUCAGUAAGUGUGAGCGGAAAUGUGCAAUGACAUCACACGUGGAUGAGGCUGACGUAGUUAUGUUUAAUGCAGUGUGGGUGAGGAACACGACGCUGCCAACCCGACGACCAGGUCAACUCUGGGUGCUGUACACUCGAGAACCUCCAACCCACAAAGGUCUCGUGGGGCUGAAGCGUCCAUCCCUGACCAACCAGUUCAACUGGACCUACACCGUCCUCAGUGACUCCACCUUCCAGGUCUUGUAUGGAAAACUGCAGGAACGAUCUCCUCCGGCAAAAAACUAUGAAAGUAUUUACAAUGCCAAAGAACAUGAAGCCGCAUGGUUUGUGGGUCAUUGCCCGACACAUUCUCGCCGCGAGGAUUACGUCAAGCGAAUGGGGUCCAAGGUCAGCGUGCACAUCUUUGGUGAAUGCGGCAACAUGACCUGUGGGUCAAGAGGUUACGACAUGGGAGGAAGCAAAGAGAAGUGUCUAGGAAUGCUGUCAAACAAAUACAAAUUUUACCUUGCGUUUGAGAACUCCCUGUGCCGAGAUUACGUGACUGAAAAAUUCUUCAACCUGUACAACAACGUAAACGUGAUUCCUGUCGUAAGAGGAGGGGCGGACUAUGACAGUCUCUUUCCUGUCGGGACGUUCAUCAACGCCGCUCAUUUUGAUUCCCCGGAGCUACUGGGGAAAUAUCUGAGAGAGCUCGGCAGGGAUAAGGAAAAAUAUCUUGCUAUUCUGAAGAGGAAAGACAGGUACAGAGCCCUGUCAGGAGGAGACUUCCAGUGUGACUUGUGCGAGGCCGCAUACACACACACUCCUAAGAGCAUUUAUAAAAACAUUGGCCAGUGGAUGAGUCCGCUAAAAAACUGCCAAAGGCCGACAGACUUGUGAUGUAUGUGAUGUAUAUAUGUUUUAUAUAUAUAUAAGCUCCAAUGAUUGAAAGUUUAUUAUAAACAAUAUGAAUGAGUGCUUAUGAAUAUGUGUGUAGGCCUAUGUUAAAUAAAAAUGUGUAUAUCGUUGUAAAUCAAAUUCCCUUGUGGACAUCUUCUUCUUCUCCUUCUCCUUCUCCUUCUCCUUCUCCUUCUCCUUCUCCUUCUCCUUCUUCUUCUUCUUCUUC